AUGGCUACAAGUUUUCCUGUAGAGAGACUUAAAGAAGAAGCAAAAUGUCCAAUCUGCCUGGAUUUCUUGCAGGAUCCAGUCAGUGUGGACUGUGGCCACAGCUUCUGCCUCCAAUGCAUCACUGAAUUUUGUGAAAAAUCAGACAGUUCUCAAGGGAGUAUCUACUCCUGUCCUCAGUGCCGGAGUCAAUUUCACCAAAAUAGCUUCCGUCCCAAUAGACAAUUGGCCAGUAUGGUAGAGAACAUCAAACAGUUGUGCUUAAACUCUAGCCCAAAGAAAACCUGGUUAUGUGAGAUUCAUAGAGAGGAGUUGAGCCACUUCUGUGAAGAAGACCAAAUCCCAUUAUGCUGGAUGUGUGAUACCUCCCCAGAGCACAGAACCCAUAAGACCAUUCCUCUAGAGGAAGCUACCAGAAGCUAUAAGGUAAAAGUCCAAUUGGCUUUGGAACAUGUGAAACAGGAGAUGGAAGAAGUGUUGAAUCAUGAAGCCAAUGUGGGAAAGAAAAUAGUCAUUUGGAAGGAAAAGGUGGAGCUAUGGAGACAGCGAUUCAUGUUGGAGUUUCAAAAACAGCGUGGAUUUCUGGUUCAGGAGGAGCAACAGCAGCUGCGUAGACUUGAAGAAGAGAAGAGAGCAACUCUACAAAAACUGAAGGAGAGCAAAGCCAAACUAGCUCAGCAGAGCAGGACCCUAAGGAAUUUAACUAUGGAUCUGGAAGAAUGUAGUCAGUGCACAGCUUGGGAUCUACAAGAGAAUAUUAAAGACGUCUUGAGAAGGAGUGAGAAGGUAACAUUUCAGCAGCCAGAACUCAUUUCAAUGAACCUGAAGACAGUGUGUGUCGUCCCUGGAAUGAUGAUGAUGCUCAAGAGGUUCCAAGUUAAUGUGAGGUUGGAUCCUGCCACAGCUCACCCCAGCCUUCACCUUACUGAGGAUCAACAAAGCAUUUGGGAUGGACAUGUAUGGCAGGAAGUUCCCAACAACUCAGAGAGAUUUGACACAUGGCCCUGUGUUCUGGGCAUGGAGAGUUUCACUUCAGGAAAACAUUACUGGAUAGUGACGAUGGAAGAUAAGACAGAAUGGGGAUUGGGAGUUUGCCUGGAUACAGCCUCACGAAAGGGCGAGACCACACCAUCCCCUGAAAAUGGAGUCUGGGCACUGUGGCUGCUGGAAGGGAAUGACUACAUGGUUCUUGCAACUCCAUCAGUUCCACUCUUCCAAAGGAAACGGCCAAAAGGAAUUGGAGUCUUCUUGGACUGUGAAGCUGGGGAAGUAUCCUUUUACAACAUCACAGAAGAAAACCACAUCUACACAUUCACCCACGUGUUAUCUGGAAUCAUUAGACCCUAUUUCUUCAUUUGUGAUUCAGCUCCUUUGACACUGACCCCAGAGAUAGAAAGGAGGAAUUAG